ACACAAACAGAUUAAACCCUCAGGACACUCAUGCAGAGAAGACUUUGGAUUUCAGCACGGAGGAAACAUGACAGAGUUGAAAAGCUUCGGCGCGUUGAUCUGGAUCUUUGCAGCUCUGACAACGACUGGUGCAGCCUUGUGGAAGGAAAGAGAGUGGAUGAAAAGUUCUACCCUCUCUUCCUCCUCCUCCUCCUCCUCCUCCUCCUCUUCGUCUUCAUACUCCUCCUCCUUUGAGAGUUCAGGUGGAACUUGUCUGAACGGAGGAACCUCCGUCCCAUCACUGACCAGUGGUGAACACAUGUUCUGUUUGUGUGCUGAUGGUUUCGAGGGAAGAAGCUGUGAAACAGUCCAAGGUCGUCAGUGCUACGACGGCGUGGGACUGUACUACAGAGGACGAGUGUCCCAGUCCCAGAGUGGACGGACAUGUGAGGAGUGGGAUUUAGAAACCAGAGAGAGGUUCAUGUCAUCAGAUGUCAAAGCAGGGAGACACAACUACUGCAGAAAUCUUUACUACAGACGACGGCCGUGGUGUCAUGUUCGGAAAAACCAUCAGCUGCGGCGGGAGUUUUGUGAUAUUCCACGUUGUAGCUCAGAGUCACUUCCAGCUCCAGCUUCACCUUCACCUGGACCCACGGAUCUGCCAGCUGCAGAAUGUGGCCGGCGCACCAGACGAAAGCAAACGAAGAUUGUGGGUGGAACAGUUGCCACAGUGGAAUCACACCCGUGGGUCGCUGCCAUAUUUUAUCGCAGCAAAUCCAAGGAGAAGGUUUUCCGCUGCGGGGGGAGUCUGAUCUCCGCCUGCUGGGUCCUCACGGCCGCCCACUGCUUCCCCGACGGCUCCGAAACCAAAGAGCGGCGCUUCUCCGUCGCCCUGGGGAAAAACGCCCUGAACGAGAGUGACCCGACCGAGCAGACGUUCAGAGUGGAGAAGAUCAUCAUCCAUGAAGGCUUCGACAACAGUGAGGGCAACUUCAACAAUGACAUCGCGUUGGUGAAGCUGAGGCCUCGAGGUGGUCAGUGCGCGGUGGAGAGUAACGUGGUGAAGCUCGUCUGUCUGCCGCCGCCUCUGCAGAACCUCCAGCCUGGUGUCACCUGUGAGAUCACCGGAUACGGGAAAGAGAGUCACGGGCUGUGGUAUCGGUCUCAGUUUCUCCGAGAGGCUCAGGUGAACCUCUUCGCUGACGACGUGUGUCGACACAGGGACUAUUAUGAAAACAUGAUCACCGACAACAUGUUUUGUGCCGGUCGACCCGACUGGAGCCAGGACGCCUGCGAGGGAGACUCGGGGGGGCCCCUGGUGUGCGAGGUCGACAACAGGCUCUUCCAGUUCGGAGUCAUCAGCUGGGGCGACGGCUGCGCGAAGGAGUUCCGACCCGGCGUCUACACCCGAGUGACCAAUUACAACGGAUGGAUAGAAGAGAAGACGGGUCUGACGUCCGUCAGCGCCGGAGCCUUGUUCCCUCAGGACGUUCCAACAGAUUCAAGUGUUAACGUGUAAAAAUCCCUGAGAAACACAUCCAGGGAUUAAAGUUCCCUUUCGCUACGAUGCUGUUAUGACCUAUUAGAUAAGUGUAAAUAAAAUGUGAUUUUAACUGGAGACACAAAACCCAACCUGACUUCCUACUUCUCGUGAGUUGUCAGGUUGUCAUGCCCUUCCCACGUCAAUAGGUGGCGGUAGUGAAUUCACUAUGCUGAUUGUGAAUGUGGACCACAGACAGCGAGGUUAAGGUCAUAAACCCCGCCUCCUCCAUGUUAGUAGAUUGGACAUGGACCAAACUAAAAAUAAAUGUUGGUGAAAGAUG